AUGGGAAAUCCAAAGCAAAAAUGGACAUCGGAGGAAGAAGAAGCUCUAAGAGCUGGCGUGAAAAAGCAUGGCACUGGCAAGUGGAAGGACAUCCAGAAAGACCCUGAGUUCAAUCCCUUCCUCUCUUCUCGCUCCAAUAUUGAUCUCAAGGACAAAUGGAGGAAUAUGACUGUUAGUGGCAUGAACCCCAGAGAUAAGUCAAGGGCGCCAAAAGGAAAAGCCAACGCCGAUGCUCCUGCUGCUUCAGUGUCCGUUUCACAAACUUCUGCUGCUGCUUCAGCCAAACGCGAUGCACCAGCAGCAGCUACAGCUACAGCCAGACGCGAUGCACCAGCAGUAACUCCAGCCAGACGUGAUGCACCAGCAGCAACUCCAGCCAGACGCGAUGCACCAGCAGCAACUCCAGUCAGGCACGAUGCACCAGCAGCUCCAGUUGCAGAUGAUUCCUCAACUGGCUUAUCUGAUGCAAAAACUGCUCCAGCGUAUGAUGCAAUGAUUUUUGAAGCACUUUCUACCUCAACAGGGCCAAAUGGAUUGGACUCUGGUGCUAUUGCUAGCUUUAUUGAGCAAAGGAAUGAAAUCCCCCCAAAUUUUAGAAGGUCAUUAAGUAAUAGGUUGAGAAGGCUGGUUCACCAAGAGAAACUUGAAAAGAUUCAAAAUUGCUACAGGACGAAAGCCCCGAAACAAAAGGACGUCCAUCCGAUAGAGGAAUCGGCAGUGGCUGCUGCCUACAAGAUUGCUGAUGCCGAAAACAAAUCGUUUGUGGCAGCAGAAGCAGUGAAAGAGCUUGAAAGGUUGUCAGAGAUGGCUGAAGAAGCAGAAUCAACGCUGCAGGUGGCAGCAGAGAUUCUUGAGAAAUGUUCAGAAGGUGAAGUUCUGCUGAUGGCAUGA